AUUGAUUGUAAACAAGUGUCUCGUUUCUGUCAGUUGUGCGACUUGAGUGUUUUUUCGGUUCGAUUAUUUAUUGACAGAAAAGAAUCAAUGGGUGUGACAGUGCUACAGCAAUUUCCCAUGACGGAGAACCGGACUGGCCCUCAAACGAUCGAAUUCCUCACCAAGCGAGUCGUCGCCCUCGGCGCUGUCCAGACAGGGCAGUUUCUCGUCGACUGUGAAACUUACCAGUCGGUGCCGCAGUUUGGUUCUCCGAAGACUGUCCACGUCCUUCACAACUCCGAACAGCCGGCGUCCGUAUUCGCCGUACUCGAGUCGGGGACCAAGGUGGUUCCUCUUAUCGCGGACGGUCUCUUUGACCUUCUCAUGCUCAAGAUGACCAGCAUAUACACCAGCAAAAAGCAGACCAAGGUCGAGGCCAAGGGACCGAGAUUCGAAAUCGGUGACUUCUGCGUUAAACUCGGAAGCGUCACGAUGAGCCAGAACUUCAAAGGCGUUCUUGUCGAGGUCGAAUAUCGGCCCUGCGUCAUUCCCGGUAGCUCGUGGGAGUUGAUGAGAGAAUUUCUUCAAGGUUUCCUUGGAUCAGCUGUACCGAAUCAAGCUCCUCAGUAUUUACAAAACCGCAUGAAUGAUAUUUAUCAACCCAUGGAUACCAUACAGCAAUAUUUGGAGCACUUUGGACAGUACAGAAAAUCUACCAGCGUCAUAUAAGCUGCAGCCACUUAUCGUUAAAUCCAAUAUUACAAGUUCCCAAAAAGACUUACGCUCUGUAUCAUAUUCAACUUCAGAUAUUGAUAAUCGGAAGAUUAAGUAGAAGUCCUAAAAUUUUACC